GCCCCCACUUGCCCGUUUUCUCUCUAUGGCCCCUCAACUUGUUACGGCACUCUUUCCUAGCAGCAUAACUUGGAGAGCAGCGCCACGGUGUGCCUCAGAGAACAGCUUCCGGAGUAAAUGUGUAGGAUGUGGAACCAUUAAUCGAGGAGAAAAGUUCCACCUGUGACGCGGGGGGUGGAAUUGAAUAUGAAGGACGACGGGGGAAGAGGCGAACUCGGCAACCCGGCUUUGGCCAACGUCACCCAGAAUUCAACACAUUCGAACGGAUAUGCCCAAAAUGGCCUAAGCCAUACAACUGUAUCCCAGGACCAGCGUGAAUCUGAAGUCCAAAGUCCAUUGCCCGUCCCAAACGAGAUUGCCCAAAGGGGGCAAUGGGGUGGGAAAUAUGAGUUCCUGCUCUCCUGCCUGGGAUACUGUGUGGGAUUAGGGAACGUGUGGCGGUUCCCCUACCUCUGCUAUCGCAACGGAGGAGGUGUUUUUCUUAUCCCUUAUUUCCUCAUGGUCUUCGUUAUUGGUGUUCCGCUCUUCCUCAUGGAGCUCUCUCUAGGACAGUAUGGAGCAGCCGGACCCAUCACCGUGUGGAAAUGCUGUCCUCUGCUAAAAGGUAUCGGCAUUGGGAUGCUGUGUGUGGCCGUGCUGGUGUGUUUAUAUUACAAUGUUAUUAUAGCGUGGACAUUUUAUUACCUGGGCAGCUCUUUCCAAAGCCCGCUGCCUUGGUCAUGUGACGCUGUUGCCAACGCUGCUGUCUGUGAUACGAGCAAUAGCUCUAGUGGAAAACUCCUCAGCCCCUCUGAGAUCUUCUGGAAUGAGCGUGUGCUGGGUGUAGUGAACAGCGAGGGACUUCAUGACCCAGGCCCAGUCCGGUGGCCUCUUGCCCUGUGCCUCCUUGCUGCCUGGAUCCUCGUCUUCCUAUGUACGCUGAAAGGCAUCCACAGCUCUGGCAAGGUGGUUUAUGUCACCGCGACUUUUCCUUACUUUGUCCUGAUUGUUUUGAUCAUCAGAGGUGCUACACUUGAGGGCUCUCUUCAGGGCAUUGCUUUCUACCUCACACCCGACUGGGGACGAUUAUCCAGUGCACAGGUCUGGAACGAUGCAGCCUCCCAGAUCUUCUAUUCGUUAGGUAUAGGGGUUGGAGGGCUGCUCUCCAUGGCCUCCUAUAAUAAGUUUGACAACAAUGUCAUCAGGGAUACAAUAAUUAUCACAACAGGAAACUGCUGCACCAGUUUCUUUGCAGGAUUUGCUAUAUUCUCAGUCCUUGGCCACAUGGCGUGGAGGAAAGGGGUGCCUGUUGAGAAUGUGGCAGAUUCAGGUCCAGGAUUAGCGUUUGUUGCUUAUCCAGAAGCCCUUGCUCUGCUGCCAGGUUCAGCAUUCUGGUCCAUUCUCUUCUUCUUGAUGCUCUUCAUGCUGGGAGUUGACACACUUUUUGGCAACAUAGAGGGCAUCACUACUGCGGUGAUGGAUGAGUUUCCCCAACUGCGAGGCAACACCAAGCACAAAUCCUUGUUCCUUGGCGGCCUCUGCUUUUGCUUCUACCUGAUGGGUCUCCUGCUGAUCACUGAUGGGGGCAUUUACUGGUUCACUCUCAUCGACUCCUUCAGCACUAGUUUCGGCCUUAUCAUCAUUGCGUUCUUUAUGUGCAUCGGCAUCUCCUUCUUCUAUGGAAUUAACCAGUUUUGCCAGGACAUCCUUGACAUGAUCCGCCACUGUCCACCCUGGUGCAGUAAAGUCUUGUUGUACUUCAAAGCAUGCUGGGUAUUCUUUACGCCGUUUCUUCUCUUGUUCAUCCUGACCUACAUCUUUAUUGAGAUGUACAACACACCCCUCCAAUAUGGCUCCUAUGUGUAUCCUCGCUGGGGAAAAGCACUGGGAGUGUGCAUGGCCGCCACCUGCUGUCUGCAGAUUCUCAUUUGGGGAAUCGUCGCCAUCUGCAAGGAAACUGGAACACUGAAAGAACGUUUCCAGAAUUCCAUUCGACCUCUGAACUCCUGGCGGGUGAACAACAGCGCAGGGAGAGUGCAGGCUCGACUCGACGCGCAACGAGUGGAGGCUCCGUUCACAGUCACCCUCACAGACAUGGACUUCAAUGCGAUGACGUGGGAGGAGGGAGGGAUGGCGAAAUGAACUUUACAGAUGAACAAACUGCUUUGUUGACAAACAUUUUUAAUGACUUAAUUGAACCUGGUUGAAAUGUUUUAACACCUUUCACAAUAGUAUUAGCGUACAAUACUCCUGCACAAGCUGGAAGGACUUCAACGAAAAUGGCCUGAUGGAUCAGAAUCAUGAUUGAAGGAACCGCACCGCCAUACCAAAUCAGUGUCAUUUUAAACUAGCUGUCUUCACCUAAACUCGGUGAAAGUGUCUAGUUGUGUGCAGUGGCUAGUCCAUGCACUUUAACGGCAAGAACAAACGUUUAGAACACUGGCAAAAAAAAGAAAGAAGCCGUUAACUUGUGCAAACAUUGGCUUUUACUGCUGCAUAAUUAUUUUUUUUAUGCUAACUGUUUUAAAAUGUUUUCUUUAAGGGUACUGUUAUUGCUGCUGGAGCUCUUAUUUAUACUGUACAUGGGUUCUGCAGACCAUUUUAUGAUUUUGUUUUACUAUUUAAGAGUGCGAAGGAUGCAGAAAAAAACACAAAUCAGCAUCAGACAAGACAUACUAUUUACCUUCUAAAUCGUGUGUGAGUGUGCGCACGUGCGUGCUUGUAUAUGAACAGCUGAAGAUAUUUGUCAAAUGAAAUGUCCUAUAGUGUCGUUUCCCUACUUUCUAUGGUUGCAAGGAAAUACUUGGAGAAAUAAUUAAAUGUUUAUGAAAAUUGCUGCUUUUUCAAAGUCCUGAUAAACAAGUAGGAUUUGAAAAAUCUAUAUAUUUCACUACCUGCUUCUGAAAAACUAAUUUCUAAAUCAAUUAAAGCAUUUUUUUUUAUUA